AUGGGCAAAAUAAUCGAAGCUAGUGUCUUCGUUGUCAUGCUUCUACACUUAAUUAUCUGCCCGUACACAAAAGUGGAGGAAAGUUUUAACAUGCAGGCUAUUCACGACAUUAUUAACUAUGGGUUCGAUAUUGACAAGUAUGACCACCUGGAAUUUCCCGGUGUUGUACCACGGAGCUUUCUAGGACCCCUGGCUGUUGCUGCGGUGUCAUCCCCAUUUGUCCUGAUUAGUAAUUUUACAGGUGCCAGCAAGUUCGCUCAGCAGUACAUUGCACGAGCAACAGUUGGACUAGCCACAGCCAUCUCCUUCAUCAUUUUCUGUCGAGCCAUUGAUUCUGGCUUUGGGAGUAACGUGAAAAACUGGCUUAUACUGGUCACCAUCACGCAGUUUCAUUUUGUAUUUUACAUGUCAAGGACACUGCCGAAUGUUUUAGCUCUGAGUUUUGUGUUACUGGCCUUAUCCAGCUGGCUACAUCAGAAGCAUGGGUAUUUCAUCUGGCUGUCGGGCGUGUCUGUCAUCAUCUUCAGGUUUGAUUUGGUCAUGUUUCUCGGCUUAAUUAUUGUAAAUGAGCUGGCAGCAGGAAGGCUGGGAGUGAUACGCUUCGUGGCUACAACUGUUGUUGCUGGCACAGUUUUAUUGGGGCUCACAGUCACUGUAGAUUCCUAUUUUUGGAAACGAUGGUUGUGGCCAGAAGGCGAGGUGAUGUGGUUCAAUGUGGUGUUGAACAAAAGCUCAGAUUGGGGUACAUCUCCGUUUCUGUGGUACUUCUAUUCGGUGCUGCCCAGAGCCUUGUCAGUCAGCCUGAUCCUGGUGCCAGUGGGUGUCUACCUGACCCGUCAUGUGAUGAUCUUGUUGUGGCCUGCCCUGGGCUACAUCCUGUUGUUUUCUUUGCUCCCACACAAGGAGCUGAGGUUCAUCAUCUACACGUUCCCGGUGAUUAAUACAGUGGCCGCCUGCGCCCUGUCUACUUUAUGGCAGAAUAGAGGCAAGUCAGUGUGGAGGAAACUACUGGCUCUCGGGUCAUCAUGUCUUCUGUUGGGAAAUGUCGUAACCACGUCUGGGUUUUUAUUCAUAGCACAUCACAAUUACCCAGGAGGGCAGGCGAUGCACGUUCUGCAUCAUUUAGAACACGACAAUCCAGAUGUUCACGUGCAUAUUGAUGUCUUCACGGCACAGACAGGUGUCACCAGGUUCACCCAACUUAGGCCAGAUUGGAU